AUGACCCCUUCCCUGCUUCCCCAUGUCCCCUUCCCUGCUUCCCCCCAUCCCCUUCCCUGCUUCCCCCCAUCCCCUUCCCUGCUUCUCCAUGUCCCCUUCCCUGCUUCCCCGUGUCCCCUUCCCUACUUCCCCAUGUCCCCUUCCCUGCUUCCCCAUGUCCCUUUCCCUGCUCAUCGCGCGGCCCUUUCCCUGCUUCCCCAUGUCCCCUUCCCUGCUUCCCCCCAUCCCCUUCCCUGCUUCCCCCCAUCCCCUUCCCUGCUUCUCCAUGUCCCCUUCCCUGCUUCCCCGUGUCCCCUUCCCUACUUCCCCAUGUCCCCUUCCCUGCUUCCCCAUGUCCCUUUCCCUGCUCAUCGCGCGGCCCUUUCCCUGCUUCCCCAUGUCCCCUUCCCUGCUUCCCCCCAUCCCCUUCCCUGCUUCCCCCCAUCCCCUUCCCUGCUUCUCCAUGUCCCCUUCCCUGCUUCCCCGUGUCCCCUUCCCUGCUUCCCCAUGUCCCCUUCCCUGCUUCCCCCCAUCCCCUUCCCAGCUUCCCCGUGUCCCUUUCCCUGCUUCCCCCCAUCCCCUUCCCAGCUUCCCCGUGUCCCCUUCCCUGCUUCCCCAUGUCCCCUUCCCUGCUUCCCCCCAUCCCCUUCCCUGCUUCCCCCCAUCCCCUUCCCUGCUUCUCCAUGUCCCCUUCCCUGCUUCCCCGUGUCCCUUUCCCUGCUUCCCUUCAUCCCCUUCCCUUCAUUCCCGCAUCCCUUUACAUGCUUUCCCCCAUCCUCUUCCCUGCUUCCCCCCAUCCCCUUCCCUGCUUCCCCAUGUCCCUUUCCCUGCUUCCCCAUGUCCCCUUCCCUGCUUCCCCCCAUCCCCUUCCCUGCUUCCCCAUGUCCCUUUCCCUGCUUCCCCAUGUCCCCUUCCCUGCUUCCCCCCAUCCCCUUCCCUUCUUCCCCCCAUCCCCUUCCCUGCUUCUCCAUGUCCCCUUCCCUGCUUCCCCGUGUCCCUUUCCCUGCUUUCCCCCAUCCCCUUCCCUUCUUCCCCCCAUCCCCUUCCCUUAUGUUCCCCCAUCCCCUUCCCUGCUUCCCCAUGUCCCCUUCCCUGCUUCCCCAUGUCCCCUUCCCUGCUUCCCCAUGUCCCCUUCCCUGCUUCCCCAUGUCCCCUUCCCUGCUUCCCCAUGUCCCCUUCCCUGCUUCCCCAUGUCCCUUUCCUUGCUUCGAGGUGUCCCUUUCCCUGCUUCCCCCCAUCCCUGCUUUCCCCCAUCCCUUUACAUGCGAAACCAUGUCCCCUUCCCUGCUUCCGCAUGUCCCCGUCCCUGCUCCCCCCCACGCCCUCCCCUGGUUCCCCAUGUCCCUUUCCCAGCUUCCCCCCAUCCCCUUCCCUGCUUCCCCACGUCCCUUUCCUUGCUUCCCCAUGUCCCUUUCCUUUGCUGCCUUUCCGUCGCGCUACACCCGAGUAGGAAUCAUCCAUUUCUCUGGGCAGCCACUAGAACAACAGCACAUCGCAACAGUCCCAGGCAGGAAGGACAGCACAAGCACAAUCACCUAA